AUGUUCAGGGUUACACUAGAUUGCCUGAGCGUAAAGCUGAGGAAGUGGGUGUUUGCUCCCCCGUGGUGUGCUAUCAAGGACACUCUCCCAGAAUGCUUUGUUCAGCAUUACCCUAAGAGCACGUUCAUCAUUGACUGCACUGAAAUCCGGACAGAAACGCCUAUGGAUCCAGAGACUCAACAUUACCUCUACUCACACUACAAGGGAUCGUACACUUUGAAGUUCCUUAUAGCAAUCCUUCCCAAUGGCAUGGUGUCGUUCAUUUCAAAAGCUUAUGGCGGGAGACAUUCAGACUGUUUCAUUACUCGAGAUUCAGGAUUUCUGUCGCUUAUCGAACCGGGUGAUUUGGUGCUCUGCGAUAAGGGGUUUCCUGCGAUAAAAACCACCAUGGCAGACGAGGGCGCUGUCUUAGUGAUGCCGCCUUUCAAUGUCGGGGGGCAGCUUUCCAGGGAAGACAUGGAGACUACCUUAACCAUCGCCCAGGUUAGCAUUCAUGUGGAGAGAGCCAUCCAGAGGUUAAAACUGCACAAUGUAUUGACAAACCGUGUGCCACUGACUUUAAUUUCACAGAUGGAGAAAGUCGUACAGGUUUGCAGUGCUCUGGUGAACAUGCAGAGCCCAACUAUAAUGCUGUAAAGAAUGCAGAGAAGGUGUUUGCGAAACACUUCAAUGUACGCAACGGAACAACAGUAUAAAGCAUCUCGCAACAUCAGCGUUGGCAAAUGUGUUAUG